GUUGACAAUUUUUAAUAUAACCUAAAUUUUUGCAUCUGUCAGUUCUGUCACUGUCAAUAAAUUAUUAUUGAAAACUUAUUGAAAUAAUUUAUUUAACUACAGCCAUGAACGUAGUGGGAAUGGGAAUGAUUCCCCAGCCAAAUCCGCAACAGCCACAACAACAACAGCAACAGCAACAACCCCUUCAACCACUGGAUAACAUUUCUAAAAUUAAAACUUUGAUUGGGCCUUUAAGAGAGUCACUUUCUAAUACUAUUAAGACUGCGGCACAAACUUUAAACCAAAACAGUCAAGUGGAUGCAGGUUCUUUGAAAGGAGUUGAUGUUCCGAUACCACGCUUUGAUAAAAAUCUGGAAGAAUUCUAUUCGAUAUGUGAUCAAAUUGAGUUACAUCUGAAAACUUCAGUUAAAUGCAUUGGUCAAUUAGAAAGUAGCAAUCGAUAUUUGCAUGUACCUGUGAUUCCUCAUAGAAGUGAAAAUAUUGGAAUUAACGAAAAUAUGUUGUCAUAUCCUCAGUUUUUGGCCACUGCUAGUGCUCAAGUAGCGUAUGCGAAAGAAAUUCAUGAUACAUUAAUUGCGGCGGCUCAAAAUAUUUCUCCUUCUGAUUGACGUUUUCAGCAAUUUUAAUUUUCUGUAAAUUAUUUUUUUGUGUAAUUCAAAUUUUGUCAUAAAGGCCAUUUGGCAUUAAG